GUGGGAGGAGACGUGGGAGGACUUUGGUUGCCGCUACAAAGCCGGUGACAACCCGCCGCGCCCGGCACAUGGCGCUCGGCCCUUCCCGCCCGCGCCGCGGCGGCAGUUGCAGAUUGAAAUAUGGACAGGAAAUAGUUUGGGUGAUGUGUUUCACUAGUGUUUCUCUGGCAUUUCAAUUUUAACAUGGAUAAGUGUAAACACAUAGGGCGUCUGCGCCUGGCCCAAGAUCAUUCCAUCCUGAAUCCUCAGAAAUGGCAUUGCGUGGACUGCAAUACUACCGAGUCUGUGUGGGCAUGCCUCAGCUGCUCACACGUGGCAUGUGGAAGAUAUAUUGAAGAACAUGCACUAAAGCACUUUCAGGAGAAGGGUCACCCAGUGGCAUUGGAAGUAAACGAGCUGUAUGUUUUCUGUUAUCUCUGUGAUGAUUACGUUCUUAAUGAUAACGCAACUGGUGACUUAAAACUGUUGCGAAGCACAUUAAGUGCAAUCAAGAGUCAGAACUAUGAGUGCACGACUCGUAGCGGGAGGACUUUGCGUUCUAUGGGUACAAGUGAUGACUCUUACCUUUCACAUGACGGUGCCCAAGCCUUGCUACGGAAAGAGGACCGCAUGUUCACAGCGCUCUGGCACAGAAGACGUGCGUUCAUGGGCAAAAUAUUCAGAUCGUGGCUUGGGUUGACACCUAGUGGAAAAAGGAUUUUGGAAGAAGAAAAGCGUUGGGAAGAAGCAGAGGAAAAAAAGGACAAAGCUAGGAAGAGAAGACAAGAGCGAAAGCGUCAGUUAAAAGCAGAGAUGGAAAAGAUGCCUCCGAGAAAGAGCUGUCGUUUACAAAAUCAAAGCAGAAUGUUCUCAAGAACAGCACCCUGCAUGUCAAAAACAUCACAGAAUGAGGAACCAGUGGCAGAGUUGAAAGAAAUAUAUACCUCAGGUGAAGUAAGAUUGAAAAAAAUAAGUGACUCUCCAAUUAAACGAAGGCCCACAGUGACUCCUGGUGUAACAGGAUUAAGAAACUUGGGAAAUACGUGCUAUAUGAAUUCCAUCCUGCAGGUAUUAAGUCACCUACAUAUUUUUCGUGAAUGCUUUUUAAAGCUUGAUCUCAGCCAAACUCAGGAACUUCUGGCAACAGCAGCCAACGGUAAAACAAGAUCUUCAUCUAAACACCCUUCAGUUAGUGCCUCAGCAUUACAUGUGAAUGACAACCACGAGAACCACGAGAAAGUAAAGGGAUCGUCGUCUUCUGUGAGGCGACCUAGUUUAUCUUCAGGAUUAAGUGGAGGAGCAUCAAAAAGUAGAAAUAUGGAACUUAUUCAGCCCAGGGAGCCAAGUUCAAAGCAUAUUUCUCUUUGUCACGAGCUGCAUACCCUGUUCCAAGUUAUGUGGUCUGGCAAGUGGGCGCUGGUGUCUCCUUUUGCCAUGCUCCACUCUGUAUGGAGACUAAUUCCAGCCUUCAGAGGAUAUGCCCAACAGGAUGCUCAGGAAUUCCUCUGUGAACUUUUGGAUAAAGUACAGCAGGAACUGGAGACCACAGGGACCAGAUACCCAGCUCUCAUCCCUGCUUCUCAAAGGAAACUUAUAAAACAGGUUUUGAAUGUGGUUAACACCAUUUUUCAUGGACAGCUCCUAAGUCAGAUGCUAUAUACAGGGAUGCUGAUCCUUCUUUCCCACUGCACAAAGAUAUGGAAGGCUCUGUCAACAGAGAAACCAAAAUUGUGGGGUGGAGGCAGUGGUUGUUUUCCUCUUCUCUGCCUGACUACUACCUUUCUUCUUGACUUCCUGUUAAGUACUUCAAAGUGUCCACUUACUGUUACGCAUAUCCCAACUGUUGUGACGAUGGAUCCACUUACUGAAAGAAGAAAUAAAUUAUUUUUACCUGUUAAUUUUUCUUUGAAGAAGUGUGCUUCCCAAUCCAGGCUUCCCUGGAAGACUUACAAAGUUACAUGCCUUGCCUGUGACAAUAAAUCAAAUACUGUAGAACCAUUCUGGGACCUGUCACUGGAGUUUCCUGAGAGGUAUCACUGCAAUGGCAAGGAGAUGGCAUCUCAACAUCCAUGUUUGCUGACAGAAAUGCUGGCCAAGUUUACAGAAACUGAAGCUUUGGAAGGGAAGAUAUAUGCAUGUGAUCAGUGCAACACAAAACGCAGGAAGUUUUCUUCUAAACCAGUUAUACUCACAGAAGCUCAGAAGCAGCUUAUGGUGUGUCGACUACCUCAGGUUCUCAGAUUACACCUUAAACGGUUUAGGUGGUCAGGACGCAAUCAUCGUGAAAAGAUUGGCGUACAUGUUACUUUUGAUCAAGUGCUGAACAUGGAACCCUAUUGCUGCAGAGAAUCCCUCAAGUCUCUCUUACCUGACUGCUUUAUCUAUGACUUGUCUGCUGUAGUAAUGCAUCACGGGAAAGGAUUUGGCUCAGGGCACUACACUGCCUACUGCUACAAUUCAGAAGGAGGAUUUUGGGUACACUGCAAUGAUUCCAAACUCAACAUGUGCACUAUUGAAGAAGUAUGCAAGGCUCAAGCCUACAUUUUGUUUUACAGCCAACGACUUACUCAGGAAAAUGGACAGGGUAAAAUGUCAUGUCCUAGCACAGCUGAAAGUCAGCAGCACACAGAAUUAGGUGACUGUUCCACAGACAACAGUUGCAGCUAAUCCAAAGCCGAUAUACUGUGUGUACGGUAAAAAUUUGAAUUGUCAUAACUAUAUAUUUUUAAAUGAAAUACAAGUACAGUAUUGUAUUUUUUUACUUUGAAUCCGUGUACAAUGUCUAUAUACUUUUAUAUUAGCUGAAGUACUCUUUACAAUUGUUAGUAAAAAUUUUUAUUGACAGUAAGUAACUUUAAGUUCCUAGAAUUUCAAUACAGCUAUUUUUUUAAAGAAAAAGAUUGCCAUUUGCAUUUACCUCUUACCUCAGGCUCUUUUGUGGGGUUUUUUAAAGCCGUUUUUGUAUUUUAAAAAUCUUUUUGAAUUGGUUUAGAAAAAUGACUUUCAACAGGCAACUGAUGUUUUUCUGGUUAAUUCUCUAUGUAUAUGCUUGUGUACAUUUUAUAGUUUAGUUCUAAUGAUAUCAUGACUCACGUCUACAGACAUGACUCUCAUGUCUGCAGGAAUUGCUACUAGAUAUUAGAAUAUUAAUAUUCACCAGCGAAGAGUGUUUUAUAUGUCAACCAGUAACUGAACUUUUCUUAGGAAACUCAAAUGGAGCUAGUUUGCAAGCUUUUCCCCAUGGCCUCAAGGGAGCUACACUAAAGAUACACAUUUACAGAACUUCUUAAAAUAUGAAAUUAAGCAAAUAGAGCAUGUACUUAUUUGCAUAUAAGUAUUUAAAAAAGAGUGGUUUCAUAGCACAAGAAUGUAUGUUUACUAAGACUUCCAUAUUUUAGCCUUAAUCAGUUUGACAAUUUAAAAUUCAAGUGCCAAAUUUAAAGUACUAACUUUGACAACUAAGGGCUUCUUAUUCCAAUAAUUUAAAAAGCUUUCUUUAAAACAAAACUCCAUACUGUCAUAGCUACAAGAAGGUUAGAACCUCCUUUCAUGCAUUGGACAAGCUUACUUGGAAAUGUAGCAAGCUUCAUCUGUUUUAGUACUCUCUAACACAAACCA